AGCUAGUUCCUUCCGCGCUGCCGUACUCCGCCUGCGAGAAGUGAACCUUCGCGCAAGGCCCUUGCCGGACGGAAAAGGGACGCCAGCGUCACAGACGCGUUAGUUCUCAUCUAGUUGUUCUCUCUAUAUAUUUUUUCUUCAGGGUUUUCGAAGUACAGCGAUGAGCGAGUCGCAGCAGGCAGCUGAAAUAGCGCGCAUCUUAGCGUGCGUGGCGAAGAAGGCGAGCCCGUUAGAUGUGCUGCAGCUCGACCUCGCCACCUGCGAACUCAGCGACGUGCACCGGCACUACCGCAAAAUCGCCCUCCUUCUCCACCCCGACAAGUGCAGUCUGCCAAACGCCAGCGAAGCUUUUCAUGCGGCCGAGAAGGUCCACAAGUCCCUCAGUCAGGAGCCGAUUUUCUACCAGCUCAAACGCGCCUUUCAGAAGCAGCAGGACCGACUCGCAGAGGAGGGAAAGGCGAACGAGAAGGUAGGCGGUGGCGUCGCCGGCGGGGCGGCGGGUGCGUCGUCAUCGGCGUCUUCAUCGUCUUUCAGCGCCGCUGGGCAGAAGCGUGGGCGGGAGACCGCGACCGACUUGCCGCCCAUCGCCUUCGGCUCUCUGACGCACCUCGCCCCCAGCGGGCUGUCGAGCGACGCCCAGAAAGCAGCGGAGAUCCGCCGCGUCCUGCAGUGCAAGCCGACGGACUACUUUCUCAUCUUAGAUGUCGACCCUGCGUCGUGCACCGUCGCCGAGGUCGACCGGCGGUACCGCAAGAUGGCGCAGGCUCUGCACCCCGAUAAGUGCCAGCUGCCUCAUGUGGACAGCGCCUUUACCGUGUUUGAGAAGGCGCACAAGGAGCUCGCGGAUGAGAGGAAGCUGGUGCGCUUCAAGGUUGCCUUUGAGCAGCAGCGGAAGAAGGCGGCGGCGCUGGCGCAAAGCGCACACCGGCGGGGUCGGCAGCAACGACAGCAAUACUAUCGGUGGUGGCCACGCAUCCGCCAGCACAACCGCGGAGGAGCGACUGCAGCAGCGCAAAAUGGAAGCGCUGCGCAGUCAGCAGUUUGA